UACCCUGCUUGCGAACUAGAGAAUGAUGUGCUGAAGCUAAGUCCGUAUGAGCCAUCGCUUCACGGCCAAGCCUUCUUCGACGGUCUCGCCGGACACCCUGAGCUCUUCAAAUACAUGCCGAUGGCGCCUUUCGCUAGCGUCGACCUGUUGAACGAGUGGGUCGACGCGAUACGGCAGGACCCGUCACGCGUGCUCUUCGCGAUGAUAGACAAAACGGGCGUACGAGGCUGCUCCUGCAAAUGUGACCCAGGAGAUGCGGGGACUGUCGCAGGCAUUGUCGGCCUCCUGAACACCCCAGAGAACCUGGCUACUGAGAUCGGCUUGCUGUUCACGCUGCCUGCCUUUCAGCGCACACACGUCACCCGCACCGCCGUGGCACUGCUCCUCCGCUUCGCAUUCGAAGAUCUCCGUUUGCGCCGCGUGCAGUGGCGCGCACUCGCGGAAAACACUGCCUCCGUGCGUGCGGCAGAGCGCAUGGGCUUCCAGAGAGAAGGGAUAAACAGAUGGGCUCGUGUUGUGCCUCCAGGUGUACCGGGUAAUAUUGCGAGAAAGAAGGACCCCAUGCCGAACUGUAGAGGACUGCAU